UUGGCGUCCCCCCUCCUUCCCUGCACCCUUUACAUCCUCGGGUCCCCCGCCUCCGCCUGGGGCCGGCGAGAGGCAAGGGUCGCCGUGACCGGGGCUGCAAGAGAAGCUGGAGGAGGGGGCAGCAGCAGGGUCCCGGGGCAGCCGCCGCCCCCGGAGGAGGAGAAGGUGGAGGAGGAGGGAAGAAAGGAAAACAUUGGCUGCUUCUUUCCCCCGAUACAGCCCGGUUGAGGUGGAAGUCCAUAAGACCUGAGAUACAUCUUGGUUAACCAUAAAAUUCCACAAUGACUUUGCCACCUGUGCAGAUAGAUUACUCAAAGCUCGCCCUCUUAACAAGAAAGAGGGGAACAUGUUCUCCAGUAGGUCUCACAAAGGCUCAGUUAUUAAAAAUUAAAGAUGAGACAGAUAAGUAUCUAGAAAUGAAAUGGAAAGGAUUGACAAAAGAAGAGGCAGCUGGCUACCGAAAUUCAUAUCAAAAGAAUAUCUGUAUAGACAUGCUACAACACGGUUAUCAUAAGUCCUUUUGUGAGUUCUUCACCCUGCUCAAGAUGUGGCAUGCCUUGAGGGAAGCUGGAGGGAUUAGGUCCAUCUUCUGGAUGCAGACGCCCCUGGAGGACCUGCCUGAGAAACUGGACCAAAUGUACUUCUUCCUGACCAGGGCUGAAGAUGCUGAGCUGGCAGGUCGCUAUGAAGAAAUGUACAAUAAUAUAUUUGCUUUGGCCCGUUACUUUGACAACCCAGAUGACAAAUGGUUGAGGGAUUACUUUUAUGGACGAUGUUUUAAGAUUGGUCAGCUGAUCAAAGUUGAUGGUGGAAGAAAGCUAGCAGAAGCCUACGCAAACUUGGGUCUUCUCCAUGAGGAAAAUGGUAACUUUGAAGAAGCUGUUGAAAAUUAUGAAGCCUUCAGUGACAUGACAGAAGGACGGCUAUGGCAAGACGCAAAUGGCCAUUUACUCAACUCCAUUGCCUGUGAAAAUCUCCGGAGGAUUUACACGUUGCUAGCAGAAAAAAUGCUGAAGGACAAACAAUAUAAACAGGCCAUCAGGACUCUACUGAAAGCUUGUGAAAGAGCCAAACAAGGAGGUGACAAGAAGAUGGAAGGAGAAGCUGCCUUUGCUUUAGGCUUAGCGUAUCAUUCAACUGGAGAGUCUGAAUUGGCAAGAUCAGCUCUCGAAAUCUUCUCAGAUAUCUCCAUUGCUCUAGAUGAUGCUGUUGGCCUAAGUAGGGCCUAUGAAGCCAUAGCAAAGGUCCUGGCAAGCCAAGGAAAACCCAUGGAGGCUGUUGCUUACUUGGAAAAAGUUGUGGAAAUUGCAAAAAAUACCGACCAAAAGAGAAGACUGGUAGAAGCCUGCACACUGCUUGGGGACAUUUACAAUGCAAAAGGAUUUUAUACAAAAGCCUGCGAGUUCUUUAAGCAAGCUUUUGAUACAACCGGUGAGUUCAGGGAUAUCCCGCUGGUGGAUGAGACCAAAGUCCACUAUGGAAUUGCCAAGGCUCACCAGAUGAUGACAACAAUCAACAAGUUCAUCGAAUCUUCUGACUACAACAGCCUUAAUAACCUUCUGACAUGGAAAGAGAACCGAAGCGAGUUUUUCCCAGAACCCACUGUUGAUAAGUCUAGCGACUCCAAAAACGAGUGGCCUUCCAGACAAUUGACCCCGGAAUCAGACAUUAACAGCAGUUCGGAGGAUGAGGAGUAUAAUUAUUAAAGAGACUUGAACAGUUAAAAAUCAAGAGGAUAUAAAAUCACCUUGAACCUUGAGAAUUUAUUAAGAUAAGAAGAUUAAUUUAGGUACAGACUGGCACAAUAAAACCCACCAUAAUUAUGUAUUUAUACAGUCUUGUAAUUCACAAAAAUCACCAAUAUGGUAGUCUAUUAAAAUCCAUUAAAAAUAAAAUACCCCCCCAAAAGAUUAGAAAAAAUUAUCGCUCAGCAAGAAAAUGAAUGACACAUUAAAAUGGUCAUUUUUUUCUUCUGUCUCAAGAAGAGUGAUACUAGAAAUUAAACGUUUAGCUAAUUGUUUCAAGUAGAUACAUUUAAGGUUUUUUCUAAGUCAACAAAAAAAUUAGUACUUGCUAAAAUUCCAGAGAUGCUUUUCUAUAAGGAAUGAAUCUUUUUGCAAAAAGGUACCACUGUGUUCUUCGGGGCCAUUGCAAAUAACUCAUUGUCCCUGCUUAGAAAACCCAUUGUCUGUUGUCUUAGCUAACAAUAUGGAACCUCCUCUACCCAGAUCAACAGUGAUCAAGUGAAAUCACUACCUAUAGAAACCUAGGAUCUGGAGAUCCUUAAAGAUCAUCCCCUUGAUAAGCCCAAAAAGUUUGGUUGAAGUGAGUAGAAGCAGCCCCUGACACAUUUUUAAAAGUACAUGGGGUUUUUUUGGGGGGGUAAUAAGUGCUAGAGAACUCUGUGAAUAUGUAAAUCUGUUAUAAUAUAAUAAAGACUUUUUGCC